ACGAGCCGGAGUCUGCUCCGGCCCUCUCGGGUCAGCUGCCGUCGUACCGAAUCGGAGACUGGCUGAGGGUCAACUGCAGCUCGGGCCCGGCCAUGCCGCCUCCGGACCUCACCUGGUACAUCAACGGGGAGCAGGUGCCGCCCCACCUGGUGCGCUCCUUCCGACUUCCAGCCACCGAGUACCUGGCCACGUCGGUACUCCAGCUGGUCUCAGAGGUGCGGCACACGUUUUUCCGGGACGGAAUAAUGAACCUGAAAUGUGUCAGCACCAUCGGUGAUCUCUAUUGGAAGAGUAAAAAGACGCUGAUCGCCCAGCUAGGCGAUGUGAGCAGGGAGGCUCACAGUCAGCUUCAUAACAAAACCGCCGGGGUUCGAACCUCGUGGACCGUGCUGGGCGUCCUGGUCGUGCUGGCUGGGGUGGUCAACCAGCUGAUUUGAGCUGCCGCAGCGCAGGGAAGACGAGCUGGCGCAGCUGAAAAGGAGUUGGCGAAGUUAAAGAGAAGCUGGCGAAGUUGAAGAGGAGCGCUCCAGAGGAACUAACACAUUUCAUAAAGCUAACGCAGAUGGGUAUACGUUGUCGCAAAUGUGAUCUAGAGUUGCACAUUAGUACAGAGAUGCACAUGCACUGCAUCUCUGUACGGAACUUGAACGACUUGGAAUAGCUGUGAGCACCAGAUAAGCUGGCGCAGUUCCGUGUCAAAGCUGCUGCAGCUCUGUGUCAGAGCUGGUGUAGCUCCGAAUCAGGCCUGACGUAGCUCUGCGUCAAGCAAGCGCGGCUUUAGAUGAGCUGCCCCACCGCGAGCUGGCGCAGCUCUCCCGAGCCGCCCCGCGGAGGUGGAUGAUCAGCGGUGCGCUGAUGGGCCGGUGGCGGCUCCCAUGUGCUCAACUGGUGACUGGUGCACCCCUGUGUCUGCCACACUGGCCCCGGAUGGUGUAGGUGUGUGUCGCGGAAAUUAGACGGAUACGGGGACGGGUUCAAACGUUCGGCCGACGUAGUUGCUGUCGUCAUAGAGAUCUUAUACAUAGAGAUGACAUGCACUUAAAAUCGUGGCGAUUCAGUGGGUCUUUUUAAGCAACUUAUUUUCAGCCAGUAGCGUGCCAAUAUGGCUGAGGCAUUGUUAGUCUGAAGAAAUCAUUACGGAGCGAGC